AUGAUGACGAGUGGCCAACAACCAGCUGGUUAUAAUUAUCAGGACUAUGUACCAACAGAGGGUAUAUUAUGCCCCAUCUGCCAAGUAAAUUGUAACACGAUACAGAACUUGGAUAGGCAUCUGGAUAUUGAACAUAACGAAGAGGAUUCAAAGGGUGCUUUAUUAUCAUGGUUACGCAGCGCACAAAAGAAGGUUCAAACAUCUUUGGCAACGCCUAUGAAAUCAGGAGUUUCACCGCCUGGCACCUCAUCCUCCUCAUCAAACCUCAAGCAAUGGAUGGAACCUUCGUUGAUGAACAGCUUUCAGAACCUAAGCCUCAGCAAUACCAAUCCCACCUUUUUCGUAUCUGAUACGGACAGACAAGACGACUUUGUCACACGAAAUCAUUGGCAACGUGAAACGGGAAGCGACAAGUGCAAUAUACCAGGAUGUAACAAAGUGGUUGGCAAAUCAGGUGCUGGCAGACAACACUGUCGCAGCUGUGGUAAACUCUACUGUGACUUACACACACAGUAUGAAAUCAAGCUGAAUCGACAAGCACAUCAUGAUCCUGAGCACGGCAUAUGGUGCAAAGUGUGCUCCAACUGCUACAUUGGACGAAAGGGAUACAUGAAUCAUGAUGGUGCCACUCGCAGCAAGACAGCCUUCUUUUUAAAGCAACGAGAAAAGACGAUAGAUAGAGUAUAUUUGGAGAGCAAUCGACUGGAAAAGAGAUUAGAGAAACUAGCGAGAAUACAUCAAUCAACAGAUUCAAAGAAAUCAAACGGCAAUGGGGGUGAUUUGCAGCGAUUGAACUCGGGAUUGCUAUCGCCAUCAAGCGCUUCGUUGAGCAGUUUCACGCUGGAUAGAUCAGACUCUACGUCGUCGAGAGAUAGUCUGGGAAGCAUGCUAUCACCCAAAUCAUCGUUUGUGUCCAACAGCAACAGUAUUCUGAGCAUGAAACUAAAGUACAGAGACGGCGAACAAUCUGUGACGAAAUGGGAAGAUGAUCGUACCGUCAAGGCAUGUCCUUACUGUGAAAACUCGUUUACAUUAAUCAAUCGCAAACACCACUGUCGAUUGUGCGGAAAAGUUGUUUGCGGAAAUGCUCGAUGCUCUAAAAUGAUUCCAUUAUUUACAGACAUGUCAUCCGAUACCUUUGACGAUGAACCAGUGGGCGAUACCCGGGCAUGUCGUGAUUGUCAGCGAUCUGUCUUUAGAAGAAAGUUACGGAACGAAGAAGCAUCUAAGCCAUUGCCCAUUAUUCAGUUGUACAAUCAGCUAUCCAUCACGAGAAAGAACAUUGAAAAGCAACUGCCCAAGUUUCAUGAAACCAUCCUCAUGCUAGAAAAGGAAAAUGUCAAGGCUCAUACGCACGAGAGCUUUAUCAAGGCAGCCAAAAUUCGAAAAUCACUGCUGGACAACUUUACACUCUACGACACACUUGCCAAGAGCAUCAAAACACUGCCCGUGCGGUCCGCCUGUAUGAAGCGACUCCAAGCCAACAUUUGCAAUGCAGCCAAUAUUUAUCUACAACAAAACAUGUUACCCCUUCAAAUGUUACCAAGAAUCUUGAAAUCAGAAAACACCAAGAAGAAAUCUUUAGCCAAGGGCAACACGCAAAAUACCCCUGAGAGAAUAGAAUUGCAAGCACAACUUUCAACUUAUUUAGAGCAGUAUAGUUUAGUGGAGGGUUUUAUCAAGGAAGCAAACGCUGAUAGAAAAUACGAUGAUGUCAAGACGCUGAAAUACAGUCUGGACGAAUUGCAUGCUGAAAUCCUGCGUUUGCGUAAAUUGCUUGGUGAAUAA